AGCCGAUGAUCGUUACUCACCUGAAGAUAUACAUGCCAGUUUAGAGGAAUUAGCUGUAAAUGAAGAACUUACUUUCGAGGAAAUACCUUCAGUAAAAACCAUAAAAGGUUGGAUAGGAAGAUACAGUGCAAAUUUCAAAAAAGUAGCAUCGGAAAAAGCACUGUCAGAAAAUAAUAGUAAUAUUUUAGCAUUUGAAAGAAACCAGUA